CGCACGAGCCGCGACGCUCCGUGUUGCGCGAGCCGCCGGUAUUUCGAGGCGGCUUGUUUCCUCAUGGAGGAACGGUUCAACAACCUUCUUGAGAGGUUUGACAAGUUGGAAAGCUCAGUGGAGUGCAAUCAGUGAGCAUUUGAAGACCGACACCGCCGGUCGUCGGCUGGUCGACACUCAAGAAUGCGCAGACACUCAGCCGCAGCCGCUCGGUGAGUCUGAAGUGGGCGCGAGCAGUGAUCUGCAGACAGACUUUAAGAGCAUUCGCGAAAGUCUGGCGAAGGUCAGACUACCACCGGACUUGGUGGUCGGUGAUUGAAGAGCAGGCGUCAGCAAGGCUGACUGGCCGAAGUUCCAGGUCAUUCAGAAGUGUGCGCGGUAUCAGGAGACCGUAUUGAAACUGCUCUCUCAGUGUACAAGCAGAGAACCCGUCCUCUCUGAACUAUCGACUAUAGCUAUCGCACAACUCCGGUACCUGCAAGAAGAGUAUACCAACCUGCUGGUGGCGAACCAGUUUGAUGACGGGACGACCAGGCUGUUCCAGACGCUGCAGCAGAACCCGGCAGCUUUCACGCCGGGGGCGCUGGAAAAUCUGCAGCGAGCCGUGUCCAUCGCCGGAGCGCGACACAACCGGCAGGUCAGUGGCUCUGGAAGGUUCCGCGGGCGGGGCUCAUUCUUCCCGUUCGCUUCUGGCGGUCCGGGCAGAGGCUACCGCCUGGACGCGGCGGGUCAGCGACCCGGCGGCGGCGCGGCGGGCUCGGGCUCCGGAUCAGCUGACUGGAGGUUCCGCCGCGGGCGGUUCGGGUACGCACCCGGGCCUCGUGACCUGGCCGCCCGAGCGCAGCAGCCGGAUGACGUCACAGGGACAUUCUCAGCUGAGUAAACCAUCACGUGAGUUGUGAGGGGAAUUAUGCCGCUGCAUAAGGACGAGUGGGUGCGCAUUGGGGCGCCUGAUGCAGUUCUGGACUGGAUUAUGAAUGGUGUGCCGGUGCCUGUGCGUGACAUUCCAGAGCCCCGUGUCUUUGAAAAUCCCUGUUUUAAUGAACCAGAGAAAAAGUUUUUGGAAACUGAGCUGAUGGCGCUAGAAAAGAGAGGUGUUAUAGAAAAAGUAGCUGACGUGCCGCAUUGUGUCUCCCCUUUGAAGGUUGUUCCAAAGAAAAAUUCCAAAUAUCGCCUCAUUUGUGACUUGAGAUAUGUGAAUUCUCACUGUGAUGUGCCACAUUUUUCGUCAGAAGGUGUUUCUGUCCUGCCAGAGGUUAUGAGAGGUGGUGAGCUGGCGGUCACUGUAGAUUUAAAGGACGGAUUUUAUCAUUUCCCUGUCCGUGAAGAGUUCAGAACGUAUCUGGGUUUCCAGUAUGGUGGAUGCUGGUAUGUGUGGUGUUUUCUACCAUUUGGUUUGGUGGCUAGCCCGUACUAUUUCCACAAAUGUAUUCGGGUGGUCAUAGAGUAUAUGAGAGGGACCGAACGCCUGUCGGUCAUGGCCUACGUAGAUGAUUUUUUAUUGACGUCAACGAAGAAUAGAAUGGCCAGUGACGUGAAAAUAUUUUUAGAUACUUUAGCUUCAUUAGGAUUGUGUGUCAACUGGGAGAAGUCGUGUUUGGAGCCGUCAAAUGUUGUGUCUUAUUUGGGUUUCGAUGUGCACUGUGCGUCCGAGGGUGAAUUGCCGUUCAUUACUGUGCCUAAAUGCAAAGUGUCGAAGCUGAAGCAGGAUAUAGGUAGGAUGUUAAAGCGGCCCACUGUGUCGGCGCGUCUGCUGGCUCGCAUCGCGGGUAGGUGUAUCAGUAUGAUGGCAGCGGUGUUCCCGGCCAAGCUGAAGUUGCGGAACAUUUACCGUCUGUUGAAUUCUAGGAUGUCUUGGGACGAGGCAAUGCCGUGGUCGCCCGAGGCCAGAGAGGAUCUGGCGUGGUGGCUUACAUCGCUGGACGGGUGGAACGGCCGGCUGCUGGUGCCGCCGGCCAGCUGCGACUUGCAGCUCUCCACGGACGCGUCCGAGACUGGCUGGGGAGCGACACUUUCCACCCCGGUCGCUCAAACCGCCUCGGGUUUCUGGCGGCCAGAGCAGUUGGAGCGCAUGUUCGGCCCGCACACGAUCGACCGGUUCGCCUCCCUGUCUACGGCGUUGCUACCGGUCUACAACAGCCGCUUCAGGGACCCCGGUACCGCUGGUGUGGACGCUCUGGGUCAGAACGAUUGGCAACAGCACAACAACUUCAUAAACCCGCCCUUCCGGCUGGUCGCACGUGUGCUGGACGCGGUGCAGGCGCAGCGUGCCGAGGCCACGCUGAUUGCCCCGAUGUGGCCAGGCCAGCCAUGGAUGGAGCGGCUGCGGCGGCUCAGCGUCUGCCCGCCGCUGCGGCUGCCGCCUGUGACGCAGGCCUGUAUUCCACUGCUACCGCACCAGCAGAUAGAGCCGCACCGCAACAGACGGUGGACUCUGUUCGCCUGGCGGAUCUCUGGAGAGCCCGGUUAGAGGCGCUCGGCUGGUCUCCUGCUGCACGUGAGCAGUUCCCUCUGUGUUUGGCUCAUUCCACUC